GUUUCAAACGUAUUUCAGAAGACAUGAAAUUAAUGUAUGGUGUUUCCUUGAAAUGGUUGGCAUUCAUAUUUUGGUGCGUAUUAACCCCAAUAUUCACUCUUAUUCUCUUCAUUAUCAGUGUCAUCGUCUAUCAAGAAUUGACAUAUAUGCAGGCGUCAUCCAGUCAUGUCUAUCGUUUUCCUAACUGGUCAGUGAAAUUGGGUUGGUUUAUGGCAAGUUUCAGUAUAUUUCUUAUACCAUGUGUAAUGAUAAUCAAAAUUAUCAGAACACCUGGAAAACUUCUACAGCGAAUCAAAACGUUGUGUAUUCCAGCUUUAGAAAAUCCUGAUAUAAGUGGAGAUAUUUCAAAAUUUAAUGCAAUCACUGAAACAGGAAUUUUAUAUCAUUCAAAUGACGUGAUGCACCAUGCUACGUCACCAACCUCCACGACGAUGCAAUCCUCCCCAAACUUAUCUGAUGUAUAGUGUUAUAUUAAACAGGAACAUAUGAACAUGUUUUUUAUGUAACAUUUUAUGUUAUGAAAUUAAAAAUGUCAAAUAUGUUUUUAAGAGUUCUUACUGAGUUGCAAAUAUAUUUCGUCUAUAU